AUGACGUUAAAUUGGCGUUUGGCUAGAUGGGCACUCCUACUGUCUCAGUAUGAUAUCCAUUUCAUGCCACAAAAGUCAGUUAAAGGACAGGCCAUCUGCGAUCUUAUGGCUAGUCACCCGCUGAGGGCGAAGACCAAUUUAUUUGAAGAUUUUCCUGAUGAACUCCCCGAAGUCAACCUGACUUCGUCACCAGAGAUUUGGCAAAUGUUCUUCGAUGGCGCGUCUUGGGUAGGCACGAGUGGUUCUAUUAUUGCAGGAGUGGGGGUGGUCCUCAUUUCUCCGCAUAACCACGUGUUGCCCCGAGCCUUUUCUCUAACAGAGCUAUGCACCAACAACGUGGCUGAGUACAAUGCGCUACUCACCGGACUUGAGUUAGCAAAAGAAUUAGGAAUAAAAUGUCUAGAGGCUUACGGCGACUCUCAACUCAUCGUCAAGCAGAUGACCGGCGAGUACGAAGUUAGAAACGAUGACCUGAUCCCGCUUCACAAAGUGGCUAUCAAGCUAGUGGAGUCAUUCGAAAGUUUCUGCAUCGAGCACGUGCUCCGUUCCAAGAACACGCAUGCGGACGCCCUCGCAUCCUUGGCGGCUAACUUGGCGCAGCCAUUAGGAACGACUCAAUGGGUCACGGUGGCGAGCCGAAGGCUCUUUCGACUAAAAGAUAUGCCGGAAGUGAACGCCACCCAUCAAAUCUCGGAUCAGCCUGACCUGAAAGACUGGCAUCUCCCGAUUAUCGAUUACGUCCUAUACGACAUGUUACCCUAA